CAUUCCUGAGGCACAGAUCUUUAUGUCACCCUUGAUAGCGACGGGAUUGUUUUGAGAUUGCCAUUUGUGGUAAAGCGCUGGAAUGUAAGCCAUGGAUGUACACUUCUUUUGCGCCUGUGCUUGAUGCAGGUACGACGUGUCAGGUACAUCGACGUUACACUCGGUACGAAUUCCGUGGACUAUAUGUGACAAAGCAAAUUGCAUCUUCAGACGACAAUCAAGCGACGACACGAUGUAUCAGAGCCUUUCAGAGAAACCAGCCGGAUCAAUACUCCCUACCAGGUCCAUUAAGCGAUGGGUCAUCGCAACAUUUGUGCUGAUUGUGAUUUCCCUAAUCGAAAUCUGCGUGAUCGUGAAACUCGCCUCCCGUGACCCGCCCAACGGCUUCGAGAAUGGCUUUGCGACUGAGCUUCCCGAUGCAAAGGACGCCAUUUCGGUCGAGCAGGUCCGCUUUACAAGCCCCCUCAGAGUCGAUGACAAUGGCACCCUUCAUCAGGUGAAUGAUCCCAGCGAACUACGCUAUACGGGCAACUCUUCAGGGGUCGAUCAGGCGUGGGAGGACCUGAUUUUCGGGCGAUAUCUUCGAUUGCGCGAGCCCGAGGUAGAUUGGAUCAACAAUGACAAAGAGAACGACGAUCUUGAGGAAAUCCCCGAACACAAAUCAGUCAUAACCGAGGCGGGAAUGUACGGAGGUGUCGACAUGCUGCACUCCUUGCACUGUCUGAACAUGCUGCGGAAGCAUCUACACGGUGAUCACAAGAAAAUGGAAUACCUUUCGGACGAAGAAGACAAUAUGCACCUAGACCACUGCAUCGACCAACUGCGUCAAUCUAUCAUGUGCUUCGGAGACCUUACGCCGGUGACUCUACGGCACGUCUGGAUGGAUAAUCCUCGUCGCUCGGUUCUCCUGGGCGAGACUGAGCGCAUGCAUACAUGCCGGAACUUUGACGCUGUACGGGACUGGGCAACGGAGCGGGGAGUUGAGGAGGGGAGGAUCGAAGCGUAGCGCACUAUCGUGCGCUGUCGUGCAAGUCGACUUUUGCAUACGCAGAUCAUUGAUUCGUACACGGUUACUACCGUGCCAUGGUCUGUGGCUAUGGGAGCACGUAUCAACGCGUUGACGAUGUAUUUCGAUACUGCCUCCAUACUAUAUACCAUUUUACAGCCAGGACCUUAAUUAUGCUCUAAUUCUCGCGACAUUUACCUGUUAGCCUGUAUCUAAUACAAUAAUUGGCUGAUUAUAAGCAUUUAGUAACUUCUAAUUGUUU